GUGGAAUUGGCCGGUAAGACUUGAGAUGUGAGGGUACAGCUGGGUCGGCCAUUGUUGCUGUAUAGAAGUGCGGGCAGUGUCUGUAUUCUAUGUCGUACGGCUGGCUGUCAUUUCUGUAGGGAUCCCUGCCCCUUCUACGCAAUGGGUUCCUCUAAGAAACAUAAGGAGAAGGAUCGUGAUGCCUCAUAUGGAACUGGUGGAAGUGAAGAUCGUCACAGAGAGCAUAAGAAGCACAAGCAUAAGGACAGAGAACGAGAAAGACGCAAAAGGUCCAGAGAAAGGGAGAAAACUCGGGACAGGGAUGGAAGACCCCGGUCAAGUAAGGAUUCAGAAUCUCGCAAGAUAAAAAAGGCGAUGAUGGACCCUGACUAUGAGCAGGGUGUCGCUCCAAAGUCUUCAGGUGGGGAUUCAUCAUUGACCAUUGAGGAAACAAAUAAACUUCGUGCUAAACUUGGAUUAAAACCCCUGGAGCUGAAUACAAUUAAAACAGAGAGUGGCACUAAAGAAGACCCAGUUGCUGCUGCAAUCAUUAACCCGCUAGUUCUAAGGCAACAACAGGAGCUCAGGGAAAAACUUGCAGCUGCCAAAGAGAAGAGACUACUAAACCAGAAACUAGGUAAAAUCAAGUCUCUGGGAGAGGAUGAGUUAUGGUUGGAUGAUACAGCUGCUUGGAUUGAACGAAGUCGGAAGCUUCAAGCAGAGAAGGAGAAAGCUGAAAAAAGAGCAAAACUGUUGGCAGAAAUGGAUGAAGAAUUUGGAGUGUCCAAUCUUGUAGAGGAGGAAUUUGGACAAAAGAAGACUUACUCCUCCCAUGAUUUACAAGGUCUGACUGUAGAGCACAAUCUAGAAUCUUUUGCUGAAGGACAGGCUGUAAUACUGACCCUUAAAGAUAAAGGCGUUCUCGAUGAGGAUGAGUCCGAUGUCUUGGUUAAUGUAAAUAUGAUAGAUAAAGAAAAAGCAGCCAAAAAUGUCGAGCUUAGGAAGAAGAGACCUGAUUACAAACCGUAUGAGGAAGAAGAGUCUGUCGAUGACAUGGUUGUGUUUAGACACAAGUCUGUACUUUCUAAGUAUGACGAAGAGAUAGAAGGGGAAAAGAAAAAAUCCUUCCGCUUGGAAAGUGGUGGUACAGCUGAUGGAUCCUGGGAAAAAGAACUUCAGAAUAUUCGCCAAAGCCUACACAAUCAGGCACAAUCCUUAGAGAUUCCCGCACUGAAAAUUGCAUCUGAGUACUAUACCCCUGACGAAAUGGUAACCUUCAAAAAAACAAAGCGACGUGUGAAAAAGAUCCGUAAGAAAGAGAAAUCUGUUGUGACUGAUGACCUUUUGCUAAUAAAACCUGAUACCCGCAGGAGUGACUUUGGUUCCAGAACUCGUGGACGUGGCAGGAAGCGAGCGGGUUCAGAUGAUGAGGAGCGGGAAGUGGAGUUAAAAGCCGCCAUUCCUCAGUCAGAUGAUGUUCGUGUAGAGAGCAUGGACAUUAGUGACGAAGAGGCUCCAGGUUCCCCAAGUGUUUUAGAGGAAGAUGACUUAGAAGUUGAGUUGCACAAACAGCUUGAAAAAAGUAGACGACUGAAACAAAUUCAGCAGCAGAAGGAUAGCAGUGAAAAGAUUGCUGCUAUGGUAAAAAAGCUUAACACUCAAAAAAGCCAAGAUGAAGAUGACGACGACGAUAAGAAAGGGUCCAUCGUUUUUAAUGCAACGUCUGAAUUCUGCAGAACUCUUGGGGAGAUACCAACUUAUGGUUUAGCAGGGAACAGGGAAGAUCAAGAGGAUUUAAUGGAUUUUGAUAAGGACAAAGAGGAGUCUGAGAAUGAACACGGAGACUCUGAAGGCGAAGAGAACAUUGGUUGGAGUAUGGUGAAUCUUGAUGAGGAGAAAAACCAACAAGAUUUUUCUGCAUCUUCAACCACCAUUUUGGAUGAAGAACCCAUUGUGAACAGGGGCCUAGCUGCUGCUUUACAUCUCUGUCAGAACAAAGGCUUACUGGAAACAGUAGUACAAAAGGUUGCUCGUGUUAAAGCUCCCAAUAAGGAGCUUCCAUCAGCUGUUUACUGCAUAGAAGACAAAAUGGCAAUAGAUGACAAGUACAGCAGACGAGAAGAGUACAGAGGGUUCACACAGGAUUUUAAGGAAAAGGAUGGCUACAGACCAGAUGUGAAAAUUGAGUAUGUGGAUGAAACUGGGAGGAAACUUUGUCCAAAAGAGGCUUUUAGACAACUAUCGCAUCGGUUCCAUGGUAAAGGUUCGGGUAAAAUGAAAACUGAAAAACGCAUGAAGAAAUUGGAUGAGGAAGCGCUUUUAAAAAAAAUGAGUUCUAGUGAUACUCCCCUUGGUACAGUCGCCCUUCUGCAGGAAAAGCAGAAAGCCCAGAAGACACCAUACAUUGUGCUCAGCGGAAGUGGAAAGAGCAUGACAGCGAACACUCUUAUCAAAUGAGUGGUAAUGAAUUACUAAAAUUCCACUGAAGGAAAAGCGGAUUGACAGGGCCAGAUGAAUACGACCAGCUUCUGCACACUAUAUAGGCAGAUAUUCCAAGCAUGCUGGACUGGUGUGGAUCUCUGUAUGGACUGCAAUGUGCCACCAUGCAGACAGUCAUUACAGCUUGGGAAUUUGGUGGGAUUUAUUUUUAACUAGGUUCUGUAAGAUUGGGGUGUUCUGGAAUCCAGACAUGCUCCAGUUUCCAGUCAAGAGGAUGUCCGUAAAUCUAUUAAGUGUUGUAAUAUGAGAUCAUUAAAGUUGCUUCUUACU